CGACGUGUUUUUUUUUUUUCCCAACCGACCGGGGCAUUCAAACCAGGCUCUGCCCCGCUCCGUGCAGCCAGCCCCCCCGACCUCAGAUGCUUAAAAGGCGGCUUUAACAGCUCGAUACGACCCCCCGCUUCGAGAUGUCCGGGAAAGUGAAAAACCGCAGCGCUGCAAACGCCGGCUCGGUACCUGGCGGCGUGUCGUGCGACGAGCGCAUCUUGCGAGAUUGUCAUCAGCUGUACACGGACGCCGACAGCGGGCUCAUCACAGUGGCCCAGUCUGUUGGUGUGACGUUACUGCCACCCAGGAAAAAGAUUACUGUGAUGUUGAUGGGCAACCACUCGGCUGGCAAGAGCUCCUUUAUCAACUGGUAUGUAGAGGAGCACAUCCAGCGCACUGGUGUGGCUAUUGAGACCCAAGGCUUCAGCUUUGUUACUAGUGGUCGCAAGAGAGAAUCUCUCACAGGUAAUGCCACCCUUCAUCUGUAUCCACACUUCAAGCCUCUGCAAGAUUUUAAAGGUUUGUCGGAGUAUCUGUCCACCGAGAUAUGCACAUCACGACAGAAACGCUUCAGCCUGGUGACAUUUGUGGACUCUCCCGGCUUGGUGGAUGGAGACAUGAAGUAUCCAUUCGACGUGGACACGGCCAUCAUGUGGUUAGGAGAGCUGUGUGACCUGAUUCUGGUGUUCUUCGACCCCAUGGGCCAGGCUCUCUGCAAGCGCACCCUCAACAUAGUGGAGAUUUUAAAUGAGAAGCACGGGGACCGGCUGCGCUUUUACCUGAGCAAGGCUGAUGAGGCAGGAGGGGAAUCUGACAGACAGAGAGUCAUGAUGCAGAUCGUCCAAGAGCUCUGCAAGCGGCCGGGACUCAACAAGUGUGGCUUUGAUAUGCCCACCAUCUACAUUCCUAACCCAAACAAGUCCAACCGCUGUGUCAACCAGAUUGAGGAGGUGUGUCGCACCAUCGAGAAAACCAUCAACCAGACUGUCCAGAACACGCUCAACUCCCUGGAGAAGGACUGUGAGCUCAUCACCGAGGCCAUCGCUGAAAAACUCCAGAAUGACGGGCAAACUGCUAUCACGAACCGACGGGCGCGCUGCAAGGGCUGCUUCCUGACCCUGCUCGGCUUCAGCAUGCCGCUGGCACUGAUGGCCUUGAUGGUGUUGGGCAGUCUCUCACGGGAAAUGCUGGAACUGGUUCUGGGAGACCAGGGCGUGGAGGCACUUUCGCCCUACCUUACUCCCAUAGUGAGAAUGCUCGACACCUUCCCUGCGAAGCAUCAGCUCUAUGUCUGCAGCGGCCUGGUCCUCCUCUCCUUCCUCCUACUCAUCUUCGCUCACUUCUCCUGCAGAACUCAACCGACUCUGUCAGGCAGGCAGAAGAGGCAGCUGCAGGAGAAGUUGGAGUAUGUUCAGGAAGUGGUCAAGACCAAAAAGAAAAAACUGUAUGAAGAAUACCUACGCCAGAGUAUCGGCGAUCAAGACAUGGACUAGUAGUGAGCAGCUCAGUUAUUCAGUACCGCCACAGCGAUAAAACCUCAACCUGCCCACCGUUAUGUAGGACUAAAUACACCAAAACUUUGCCUAUUUCAGACCGCACUGUACCGUGGUGGUCUUACCACUGGGCGAUGUUGUUCCAUGGUUGUUACGUGUAUCAGUCAUAUACUGUAGGCUCUUAGAACUCAGGUUCUGGUACUCUGGAUGCUGUAACAUCCAUUUACCCUGUAGUCUCGACCCCUGUACAAACCACUGCCGAACGCUAGUUAUGUGCAUGAUGUGCAUGUGUUUGCCGAUUUCUUGCUUUUAAUAAGGAGCAUUUAUACUUUCAUUUUCUGUGCCUGUGUGCCAACCAGAAGAAAUCACUAAAAUAUAUGUAAAACAAUGCAAACUAUUUAUUAUUAUCGAAAUUGUAUUUUGGUUAAAUGUCACAUAGCACUGGCUUUCUUUGUAAUUUAAGGUAGAGUGACCAAUUUUUUUUCCCUCUUUUUAGACUUUCACCAGCAUAUUAUGUAGUACUUUCUACCGAGUCGGACUGUUUACUAACAUGAAGUUACAUUUUGGCACACGUCUCCUGAUCUUCAUACCAUAAAUAUCUUGUCAGUCGGGAUGUUGGAAGUUAGUUUAUCCGUAAAAACCCGCUCUUUUAUUCGUAUUUGUAAACCAUAAAUCAAGCAAACUAAUCAAAACUUUUGGUACUUAUUUUUCCUACAUUGAUAAUUUACGUAAAUAAAAGCAAGUAAUGAAA